AUGAUACUGUCAGAAUCAUACACCAUGUUCGUAUGCUGGAAAUCAAGCAUGAUUCCACUCGAGGCAAUAUGGGGUAUCGGUGUCGCACUUCUCUUUGGUGGAGGUCGAAGUGUUGCUGAGGCUAUGGUAUUUGCUAUCAUUGCGGACAUGGUGCCCGACUCCAAGAGAUCAACAUGGUUUCAGUGGGUUGUCGCCUCUGUUCUUGCUGCUCAGCUCGUUGGCCCUGCGCUAUCAGGAAAGCUUGUUCCGUCAUCGAUAUGGAUGCCACUCUUCUUGUCCUUGGGCUUGGUAUUCGGGGGCGGUAUCAUCCUAGUGAGCUUGACACCAGAAACGCUCAAACGAAAGCAGCCUCAGGGGGACACAAGCAUUGGGCCGUAUGACUAUGGCCUAGAGUCAGACAUGUUGAGCUUGGAGUCUCCCAAGAGAACAUCGGUGCUGGUCGCCUUCAAGUCGAUAUUCACUAGGCCUCUCCUCUGGCUUCUCCCUGGCUCUGUCAUGACAAUCCCACUAGCAACAGUGCAGACUGACAUCACCGUUCGCUUAAUGCCCAUACAGUUCAACUGGCCCCUCGACCGUUCUGUACUCAUUGUAUCUUUGCGAAGCCUGGUCACACUUCUCACCCUGUGCAUACUGCCACCUGUAAUCACAUAUUUCUGGACCAAACUCGCUCGUUCGCCAGCUCAUCGCAAAUGCUCAAUUCUAGCUCGUGCGAGUUCGUUGCUAUUCUUAGCUGGCUGCCUCUGCAUGAUGAUGGUAACAAAGGAAGCCUUCAUCAUUGCAGGCCUAGCCGUGUCGGCACUGGGCUCAGGUCUACCUACGGUAUGCCGCGCCAUGUUAGUUGGGGUGACAGGGGAGGGGAGAGCCGGGAUGCUAUUUGGACUGCUGGCGGUCUGUGAGAUCCUAGGUUUCCUCGCUUGCGAGACAAGCAUGGGGGCGUUAUUUGGGGUUGGGCUGAAGACGUGGCUGGGGAUGCCAUUUUGUCUGGGGACAUCAGCUGCUCUUGUUAUAAGUCUGACAACCUGGUUAGUUCCUAUGAAGUUGUUGAGUGCUGGGGACAGUUGA